CGACUCGCGAGCGGCGGUGAGAUUCCAGCCAGAGUCCACCCUUUCCUUUUUAGUGCUUGUUUUCCAGUUGCGCGCAGUGGUCGUGUUUCGCGUGUGGUUCUUCGGAUUUUUGACGGAUGCGGGAGCCGAUUUCGGUGCGGAUGCUCUCUCUCACGUGUGCGGAUUUUGAAAUUGAAGCUCGCGGGCGGGUUUAGUGAGAGCGAAAGAGCGAGAGAGUUCGCGAAUUAUCAUCGCGUUCGAUGGUGUUUCUCACGGUUGUUGAUGUGCUUGCUUACAACGUGGGUAGUGUGUGUUGAUUACAAUUGCCGAUUGUCACACUUGAGUGAAUCUUCUAGGGAUAACCGACCGCGGUGUUAGUUUUCCGUUGUUUUUUGUCGAGUUGUGUCUUCUUCGGGCUGUUGCACAAAACGUAUUUCGUUCGGCGACGGUGAUUUGAUGGUUUUUAUGGAAAUGGGAAGUGAUUAAGUGAGUUAAAAGGAAACCAGUUCUUGUGAUGUGAAAGAGAUAGUUUAUGGUGAUUGUUUGGCGAAGAAUUACGCCUCGAUCUGUGUUGGUAGCGAGAUUCCUAGUGCAGGAAUGAUAAAAUUGCGUGUUCCUUUGAACGCACUCGCAUUUUGGUUUUCUAUGGAGUGAUGCAUGCAGCUGGUCGGAAAAGAGAACCCAUCGGAGAGUGCACCUAGUGAAACAAUAACGUGUUGAUGAGAGAGCGAAAAGCAGAGCAUCAGCAGAAAUCAGCGGAGCAGAGAAGAUUCACAUGGAAAUCUAUAGUGAGUGAAAAUAAUUUUUCUCGCUGGUCGAUGGCAGUAGGCUGCGUGUGUUGAAAAAAAAAAAACGAGUCUCGUGUGUUAUGCUAUGUGUGGCCUAGCCUGCUGAGCCUUAUUAGCGAGCAAGAAAUAUCGGUCUGUUUCAAAGCGGUACGCGUUUGUUGGGUUUUUGUAUGAUGUUUUUAUUUGCUGGAGGUGUGUUUCGUUAAUUUGUUGGAAGAACGAAAAAGUCUAGCCAGAGCUGGUUGAGAUUCGAGGGGUUUCCGAGUGAAUUAUUGGUGCAGAUCUGCUAGUCAAAGUUCGGUGGUGUGUCGCCUACUUUUUUCCGUGGUGUGUCCAAGAGGUGCUCUAGAAGUCCCGACGUACUAGGGAAAAGAAAUAUUGAUCCGGUGAAACCAGAAGCGAGGAAGCAAGGAGAAGAUUGCUGUGAUUCGUGAAAAAAGUGAGUGUGAAGUUCGUGUAUUGUCGUUGAACACCAGCCAGUCUGAAUCAGCGUGUGUGUCUCUGCUGGGAUUAUCGAUCUUGGUGUGUCCCGAAACGGUGCCAUAUGGAUUAGAAGAGGACACCCCUGCUCUGCAUUCACGUGGAUUUGUGUCUAAAUAAAUGUCACGUCCUGCAAUCAUUCGCUAAAAUCGGGUCAAAAGUAGCAGCUGCUGCUGCUGCUAGUGGUAGUGUUGCUUACACCGGAAGAACCCCCUUCCGGAAGCAAUGACCGAUGAAAGUCCUCCGCGUCGUUUGUCGCAAAUCUUCGAUCCACUGACGAGCCUGACCGACCUCGAACAAAUCCAGCAGCAAAUCCAGCAACACCAGCAGCACCUUCAGCAGCAAAACCACCUAAAAUAUGGCACCGGCCAUAGCCAUGGCCACGGUUUGCACCAGUCCGGCAGUGGGUACAAUUACAAUACGGCCUCCUCUUCGACAUCGCUAUCAUCGGCCUCGAAUCAAAGUGCCAAGCUCAGCUCGAGCAGUUCGACCAGCAGCUACAUCGGUGGUCCUCCGCCGGGCCUCAACCGCAUCGUAAUGGGAUCCCGUUCGACCCCCAACAGUCCCCGGAUGAUGGCCCGGCGUGGUGUUAGUGGUUCUGCUGCCAGUGGUAGUUGUAGUAGUAGUAGACCCCCGAUGGUUCCACCGCGGACGGGAGGAGGAGGAGGAGGUCCUUCGCCGAAUGCGGCCGUCAUUGCGAACCCUUCGCUGGCGGCGUUGGAUUCCGAUGCGCCGUGGCCGCCCUUCAGUAGCCUCACCGACAGCCUCGAUGUCCAUCAGGUGAACAACUACCAUCAGGGACUUCCGGAGAUUAAUUGGCAGGAGCGGUGUCUGGAACUGCAGCUCGAGUUGCAUCGGUCGCGGAACCAGGCGGGACGAGUUCGAGAUAUGCUGCGUGAAAAGCUCUCCGAGCUCGAGCAGAGGGUCAUCGAAGCCGAGGAACGGGCCGAUGAAGCCGAGGAUAAGGUCCGGGCCAUGGAGCAACGACUGUGUGACUGGCCCAAGCCACAGAGCAUAACUGGGCCAUCCGGAAGCAGUGGCCUGAACAGUACUGGUGCAGCGCAAGGCCCCAGCUCCAACUCCAAAGCCCCCAUCGAGAAGGUCAAAAUCACGCAGCUCGAGUCGGCCGUCGAGGAGCAGAAACAGCUGAGGCUUCAGGACGCCCGCCAGGUCGGUGCCAAGGCGGCCAAAAUCAAGGAGUGGGUCACCAACAAGCUGCGCGAGCUCGAGGAGCAGAACCAGCUCCUGAGGGAGCAGAACAUCAAGUGCAAUCAACAGUUAGAGUUGUUAAGGAACCACAUCGCAACCCAAAGCAGUAGACAUAGUAUACAGCAACCCGUUAGAUCUAGUUUAAGCUUAGACGUACAGGACUACAAACGGCGCAGCGGUCGACGGCGGAGCGAAUCGUUAGAUCCGCCGGAGCAUCGCUCCCUCUUGACGUCCUCUUCCGUGCACCACCAUCGGCGAAAUCUCUCGAUGGAACCUCAGGAAUUAGCUAGAGACUUAGCGGCCGCCGUCGACGGCCUUAACCUAAUACCCCUCGUUCCGGGCCAUCAGCCCAGUCCCAACUCGGACGUGGACACCGCGCAUGACUACGCGGAAAUCUACACGCCUUCGCGCGAGAAGGCCCCCACCUGGCUCAAAGGGCUGCCCAGCGGGGGCUCCAGUACGACCACCUCGGACUCGGUGGCCGACCUGGGGACCCCGCGACCCCCGACGCCUCCACUCCAUCGGUUUCCCAGCUGGGAAGCGAAGAUCUACCAGGUGGCCAACGAUGGCCUAGCGGGUGACGAGAACGAAUCUCAGGACCAGGAGUCCGGGUCCGGAAUGACGUCCAGCGUCGGGAUGAACUCCCGCUCGCAAACCGUGUCCGGUGGAUACUGUGAUAUUAGUGUACCGGUUUACGCCACCGUUAAAGGGCGUGCUUCCCAGAUCCGAUCGAUGCCAUUUACCGGAGAUUCCAGCGACGACAGCAGCGACGGCGAAGAUCAUGGUGCCAUUAUGACCUGUGCUACGUCCACCCACAAUUCGCACAACUCAACCAGCACGGACAAUACCGAGACGAGCACCUCGGGCAGUGCGUCUAGUCCCUCGAAGAGUCUCAAAACCUCCUCUAGUCUGAGUCCCGCCAAGCGCAGCGGGUCCGAAAGUCCAAAGAAUAAAGCACGAGUAAUUUCAGAAAUGUCCUUUGAAUCAGGGCUGUCCGACGACUACGCGAUACCACCGGACGCCGUAUCGGCCGUGGACACUACCUGCAUGGACGCGUCGAUGCCCUCGCUGCUGAUGCGAACCUCGUACGCCGAUUCGCCGAAAAAGAUGGAAACCUUGGAGAAGGUUGGUCACCUUGCGAAGCUGGGCGGCAAGCUGAAGACGUGGCGCAAGCGGUGGUUCGUGCUGAAGAACGGCCAGCUGACGUACUGGAAGAGCCAGCAUGACGUGAACCGGAAACCUCAGGGAACGAUCGCACUGGACGAGGCGUGCCGGAUAAACCGGGCGGAGGGAGCGUCCACGUUCGAGAUCGAUACGGGCAAGAAGGUGUACUAUCUGACGGCCGAUUCCAACGCGACGAUGGACGACUGGAUACGGGUGCUGCAGAACGUCCAAAGGCGGAACGCCACGAAGCUGCUGCUCAGCCGGGACGAUCAGAAGCCGACGCUGCAGGGUUGGGUUACCAAGGUGAAGAAUGGCCACGCUAAGAAGUGCUGGUGCGUGCUGCUGGGGAAGAUGUUCCUGUACUUCAAGGCACCCGGGGAGACGAAUCCUUUGGGUCAGAUCAACAUGCGGGACGCUCGGGUGGAAGAGGUGGAGCAUGUUUCCGAUUCGGAUUCGGAAGAACGCGAGGACCCUGCUCAAAGCCAAGCGAGACUGACCGUGGCCAUUUAUCCGCAGCAACAGGGAGUGGGGCCAACCUAUUUGAUUUUACCUGGAAAGCAAGAACGAGACAAUUGGUUGUAUCAUCUAACGGUGGUUUCCGGUGGAGGACCAAAUGCCGGUACCCAAUACGAGCAACUCAUCCAGAAACUGAUGGAAACUGAUGGCGAUCCCAAUUGCGUUCUCUGGAGGCAUCCGAUUUUACUGCACACCAAGGACAACAUAACCUCACCACUGACUUCGUUACAUUCCGAAACGCUUCAAGCGGAAGCCAUCAAGCUCUUCAAGAGCUGCCAACUGUUCAUGUCGGUGGCGGUAAACCAACCGGGCAUCGAUUACCACGUGGUCCUAGCCCAAAAUGCCCUACAGCAGUGCCUGGACAUGCCGGAACUGCAAUCGGAACUGAUUUGCACGUUAAUAAAGCAAACGUCCCGCCAUACCGGUCAGAAGCUGGGUGUAGGUGUCCAGGUAAACAAAAAACUGGGCAUACCGGCUCGUCUUCCACCUUUCGACCGGUGGUAUCGGUUACGAUUAUCAUUGAAAACCCGGCGACACUUCCACCAACACCACCAGCAGAGCCACCGCCACCAGCUCUACCUGAAUAAGGUCGUGAAACGUGAGCAACAAUUGCUGUUGUGUGCCACGCAGAGUUUGUUCACCUGCGAUACGCUACAGGGCAAUGCCUCUCAAGCGAAUGGGAGCUCACCAACUUCCAUUCAGGCGCCUUCGGUUCCUCCGAUCGACUGCAAAUCGAACCCGCCGGCGUACACGUUCAUCCAGGGCUGGCAGCUCCUCUCGCUUGCUGUGUCGCUAUUCGUGCCAAAGAACAAUCGCCUACUGUGGUACCUCAAGUUGCACCUUUCUCGCAACGCCGAUUCGAAAACCGAGUGCGGCAAAUACGCGGCCUACUGUGAGCGAGCGCUGGAGCGAACCAUGCAGAACGGAGGCCGUGAAACGAAACCCUCGCGGAUGGAGGUGUUGUCGAUCUUGCUGAAGAACCCGUACCAUCACUCGUUGCCGCAUGCCAUUCCGGUGCACAUGAUGAACGGUACCUACCAGGUGGUUUCGUUCGAUGGGUCGUCCACGAUCGAGGAGUUCCACUCGACGCUGGCGCAGGAGAUUGGCUGCCGCGACGGGACCAAUGGCUUUACGCUGUUCAGUGACGACCCGAUCGAGAAGGACCUGGAGCACUAUCUGGAUCCGCAGGCGAAGCUUUGCGACGUCAUCUCCAAGUGGGAAACCGCUCUCCGCGAGAAGGGUUCCGGCAAGUUCGAAAACUCCCGGGUCAUCCAGCUGACGUACAAAAACCGCCUCUACUGGAAGCACGCGGCCAAGCUGGAAACGGAAAAGGAACGUCUGCUGCUCAGCUACCAGAUCAACCAGCAAGUUGUUCAAGGACGCUUUCCCUUGUCUCGGGAUCUGGCGUUGGAGUUGGCCUCGCUGAUGGCUCAGAUCGACAUGGGCGACUACGCAGCGGACAAGUCGAAGACGAGUUCCCUGCAAGCGUUGGACAAGUUCUAUCCGUAUCGCUACCGAGAUGCCCUCACGCCGGAUGGAUUGAAGGAACUUCAAGAAGUCGUGGCCAGCAAGUGGUCCCUGCUGAAGGGCCGUUCCGUGGUGGACUGCGUCCGGAUAUAUCUGACAUGUGCCCGGAAGUGGCCCUUUUUCGGUGCUGCCCUCUUCCAAGCCAAACCUCGACAUUCCGACCAGGCGAUGGCAUGGCUGGCCGUUUCCGAGGACGCCCUCAGUGUGUUGGAGCUGUCGUCGAUGGCAUCGAUCGCCCGCUAUCCGUACAGUUCGGUGAUGACCUUCGGUGGUUGUCAGGACGAUUUCAUGCUGGUGGUCAGUGCGGACGAUACCCUGGCGGGAAGCCCCGAGCAGAAGCUCCUGUUCGCCAUGAGUAAACCAAAGAUUCUGGAGAUAACGCUCCUCAUAGCGGACUAUAUGAAUGCUCUGGGGCACACCCUGCCCGGAACGCCUCAGAUGAAUACUCUUACGAGGAACGGAAGCCAUCGAAGUAUUAGAUCCCGCGUGCAUCCGGGUUCGUGCACGGGAACCCCGGCCCACAAUACGCUCAACUCGUCGCAUGCCAACACCACCCACGCCCACAACACGCUCACGUCCCACUCGCAUACGCUCAAUUCGCACGUCAGCCACACCCUGAGCUCGCACGGCCAGCCGGACAUCCUCAAGAGCACCCCGGACCACCAGCGGCGCUAGGUCCGAUGGAAGGAUGGAGGAACAACGGUCGGUCGGUAAGAUACUACGCACAACAUACAAUGCCGUCACAUCGCAAUCAGUCACACACAUACGGAACAAUCGACUUUGGAGAAGAGUAGGCCACAUUUUUUAGUGUGCGGUGUAUUUUGAUUUACACGUUUUUUUUUUCACGCUAUCGCGCGCUUGCUGCGAUUGAGAUUUGGUUGUCCCGUCAGAGUUCGUUGCCAUGGAGCGUAUAUCUAGUGUUGAUAUUAGUUUUGUACAAGGCGGUCUACCGUGUUUUAGGCAUUUAAUUACCAUAUUUUUACCAUAACUAAGUACACAUCUAGGCAGCUAAGGUAAUAAAUUUGUAACAUCCUGUGAAAAGUUUUAAGUUUUUGUUUGAAUCUUCUUUGUUUCGGUCCUAACAUAUCUAAUUUAAUGUAAAUAUGUUUUUUUACUUCUAAGCGAAUACUAAGUCAAACUCCCGUACUCCAGUGUAAAGGAAGAAUGUUCAAAUAAUUUUCCCGAGUGCUCGAUUAAUUUAGAAAUAAUGAUUUCAAUUAGUACUUUAAACAUUCUUAGUUUGUAAAAUUUAAAAAAAUCUAACCAAAAAUCUAUAAACUAAUACAAACUGAGAGAGGCAUGCGUCAAAACAGGAAAAAGGAGUCAGUUGACGAGAAGACAAAAGGAGAGCUAAUUUCAGCGAAAACUUGUUACAGAUGAGAAAAAAAUAGGAAAACAUUGUGAUUUUUACGCAAAACUAUAUUUAGACAGUAAAAAAAAUAGUUAUACUACGACAGAACGAAAAAAAAAUAAAUGUGAAGAAAGUUAACUUGACUAUAACCGGAAACUAUACACAAACACUCACAUACUCACACGCGCAGUAAUAGAAGGGAUAAAAAGGAUAGUUUAGAGCAAUGCUGACAAGAGUAGAAAAAACAAAGCAUGAAGUAGGGCCACUAUAUUGGCCAAAACAGGGCGUACCACUUACAUAUAUUCGGCAAUUCUUCAUUGUUUGUUACACAAAGACACACGGACACAGUCACUCCAUCUACCGGACAUUUUGGUAAUAAUCUCGAACCGCACUAUAAACGAAGAGUCGUCAGUAGGAAAUGUGUACUCUCGGGAGGAUCUAUGUAUAUGAAUGCCUCUUUCAGCAGAAUAGUGUUUUGAAAUUCUCAUUUGAAAACAAAACCAUAAAGAAGAAAUGAAUGUGGUAGGUGCGCGGGGGAAACGAGGCCAUAGAAUGUGUGUAUCGUGGUAGUAUGUACCAGAAUUAUUGGUGGAAAGGGGGGAAGGGAAAACGUAAAAUCAAAGAAGCUGUAAAAUUGAGUGGAGAAUAGAACUAGCGGGCAACGAUGAUUGUUUACUAA